AUAAGCAAAAGCCUAGUGGAUAGAUAGAGCAGAGCCACCUUCCUUCACUUCACAAACCGCUCGGCGACAAAGACGACGAAGCCGAGGAAUCCAUCCGAGAGACGCACAUCGAAGACUUUAAACUCUUUUCUCAGAUUCAGAAACCACAAGCUUGAACGGAGGAGAUUCGAAUUGUGCGAGGACAGCGGCAAUGGACUCCACCGACUCAUAUGCGGCAGCUUCCCCUGAAGAGCUUACCAAGGGAUCCCAUGAACCGCAUGAUUCUUCGGAAGCUGACUCUGCUGAGAAGCCAACACACAUUCGGUUUCUUGUAUCCAAUGCGGCGGCUGGUUCAGUAAUUGGGAAAGGAGGCUCGACCAUCACUGAGUUUCAGGCGAAGUCAGGUGCUCGGAUCCAGCUCUCGCGUAACCAAGAGUUUUUCCCUGGGACGACUGAUAGAAUCAUCAUGAUUUCGGGCUCGACUAAAGAAGUUGUCAGUGGACUGGAACUUAUCCUUGAAAAAUUGCACAGUGAGCUUCAUGCUGAAGAGGGUAGUGAUGUUGAGCCUAGGAGAAGACUAAGACUUGUGGUUCCUAACAGCUCUUGUGGAGGCAUUAUUGGAAAAGGAGGAGCCACCAUCAAGUCAUUCAUUGAGGAGUCUAAAGCUGGGAUUAAGAUAUCACCUCUGGAUAAUACCUACUAUGGGUUGAGUGAUAGGCUAGUGACAUUAUCUGGAACCUUCGAGGAGCAGAUGCGGGCAAUUGAUUUAAUUUUGGCUAAGCUUACCGAGGACGAUCAUUACUCCCAGAAUAUACAUUCCCCAUACUCGUAUGCAGGUCUUUCCUACUCUGGUUUUCAUGGUCAUCCAUAUGCGUAUGUGCUUCCUUCUGUUGCAACAGCGGGAUACAAUUCGGCUAACUACGCACCCAACUACGCACACAACGGUUCUGGAGGAAAGUAUCAAAACCACAAGGAAGAAGCUAGCACCACGGUGACAAUUGGUGUGUCGGAUGAGCAUAUAGGAUUGGUCCUUGGCCGUGGAGGAAGAAACAUCAUGGAGAUCACUCAGAUGACCGGUGCCCGAAUUAAAAUAUCAGACCGAGGUGAUUUCAUGUCUGGAACCACUGAUAGGAAAGUGAGUAUCACAGGAUCACAGAGAGCAAUCCAACAAGCUGAGACGAUGAUAAAACAGAAGGUUGAUUCAGCCUCGGAGAGAGUCAACGAAUAGAACCGAUAAAGAGUAUCCCCAUCUUGGUUCCGUUCCUAUCUCUGGUCUGUGUUUAUUUUUUGGUUGAGGCUAAAAAGCUUUUCAGAUGGGGAUCUCAAAUCAUCUUUGAGUGAGGCAGAGACUUCUCUCAGGGACCUGUGUUUCUUUCUUUCGUUUUGUGUUUAUGUCCUGAAGCAGAUUUGGAGCUAGAAGUACUAUUCUCAUUUGUUUUCUUUAGUAACUUAAUUUCAAUUUGUUGAAGUUUUGUUUCCCUUGAGUUCUUUCUGUCGUAACAAUUUUACAAUAAACCAACCAUUACAUUACAUUUGCUUUCGUUCA